GUCGCCAUUUCGCCUCUUUUCUCCUGCAGAUGUAGCUUGUUUCGCGCGCCCUCGUCCCCUCCUCUGCUCCCGCACGUUCGCGGACGCCAUGGCGUAUUAGAGGCAGCAGUGCCUGCGGCAGCGUUGGCCUUUGCAGCGGCGGCAGCAGCACCAGGCUCUGCAGCGGCACCCCCCACCGGCUUUAGCCAUGGCGCAUUUCACGGCAUCCAGCAGCAGCGUUGCUGUAACCGACAAAGAAACCUUCGAGUUAAGCACAUUCCUCGAUUUCAGCAAAGUCCCGAAACAUGGCCGAGAUGAGCUUCCUGAGCAGCGAGGUGUUGGUGGGGGGCUGGAUGUCCCCCUUCGACCAGUCGGGUUUGGGGGCUGAAGAAAGCUUAGGUCUGUUAGACGACUACUUGGAGGUGGCCAGGCACUCCGGACCUCAUGGGUUCUCUGGCGACAAGGCUAAGGCGGGCUCCUUCGAAUGGCUGGCUGUGGAUGGGGUGGUCUACGCCUCAGACAACGGUACGGAGGAUGCGUUCUCCGGGACAGAUUGGAUGGUGGAGAAGAUGGAUCUGAAGGAGUUUGAUUUCGAUGCUCUGUUGGGUGUAGAUGACCUGAUACCAGAUGAGCUUUUGGCCACGUUGGAUGACACGUGUGAUCUCUUCGACCCCCCAGUCCAGGAGACUAAUAAGGAGCCCCCUCAGACAGUGAACUCAAUUGGCCAUCCUCCAGAAAGUUUAACAAAAACCGACCAGGUUGCCCCUUUCACCUUUCUGCAAUCUCUUCCCCUUUCCCCAGGGGCUUUGUCCUCCACUCCAGAUCAUUCCUUCAGUUUAGAGCUAGGCAGUGAAGUAGAUAUCUCUGAAGGAGAUAGGAAGCCAGACUCGACUGCCUGCGGUACCGUGAUUCCUCAGUGCAUAAAGGAGGAGGAUGCUAAUUCAGAUAGUGAUAGUGGCAUCUGUAUGAGCCCGGAGUCCUCUGUGGGCUCUCCCCAGCGUAGCCCCUCUCACUCGGGGGGCUCUCCAAGUAGGAGCCUGCUGCUUCCAGGUGCCGUCUGUGUCUCUGCUCGCCCCAAACCCUAUGACCCUCCUGGAGAGAAGAUGGUAGCUGCAAAAGUAAAGGGUGAGAAACUGGAUAAGAAGCUGAAAAAAAUGGAGCAAAACAAGACAGCAGCCACUAGGUAUCGCCAGAAGAAGAGGGCGGAGCAGGAGGCCCUCACUGGCGAGUGUAAGGAGCUGGAGAAGAAGAACGAGGCUCUGAAAGAGAGGGCAGAUGCCUUGGCCAAGGAGAUCCAGUACCUGAAAGAUCUAAUAGAGGAAGUCCGCAAGGCAAGGGGGAAGAAGAGGGUCCCCUAGUUAGGGUAGUCAGGAGUGUGCUUGUACAUAGGCUUGUGCUUAAGCUUGUGUGUUGUAAUAAAUUAUUUUGUAGUGAAAGUA